AUGGCACCAAGAAGAAAGAAGGUAGAUUCUGCUAAGAAAGAUCCAAGUUCCAGAUCAACAGCAGCUAUUUUUCAAGAUUUAGAUAAAUUAGAUGAAAUUGAACAAGAAUAUUCUAAACCUAAAGUUGAAAAUAAAAAUGAACCAAUUGAACCUGAAGGAAGUGCUGAAGAAGAUAUAGCAAAUGCAGCUUUUCCUUUCAAUUAUAUUUAUAGAGUUCAGGAUUUCUUGAAUGCAAACAUGACUGUUAUUCAUGGUGUUCAAGUAUUAGUUUGUGGUUAUUUCAUUCAAAUGGUAUAUUUGGAAAGAGAAAAAUUACUUGGUAAAGAUAAUAUGUUAAUUUUAUCAAUGGUUUUCUUUAAUUGGGUUGGUAUUGCAAUUUGUGUGAUUUUAGGUAUAAUUAAGGGGAAAGAUGAAAGUAAAAAAAUUCCAGAUUUUAAUUAUAUUCAUAGUUUGCUUUUACCUGCAUUAUUAAACCUUUUACAUUACGAUCCAAAUUGGCUUUUAAUUAACCUUGCAUUUAAUUACUUUACUAUUGAUUCAAUGAAUAUGUUUUUCAAUAUGUUUUCAUGUGUUGGUUUUUAUGAAAUUUAUAAAAAUGAUGAAAUUAUUCUGGUUUCAACAGUUGAAUUUACUCAAUUUGCAUUCAUAUUUUUCGUUUUGAGAUAUGCUUUGAAUUAUAUCAAUACCGAUGAAAAUACUUCAGUAACUAGUUUGAAGCCCCUGGAAGUUCAUUUUAUCACUAUUUUAUUGGUCAAUAUCUUGUUCAAUAGACAACUCGUCAGUGGUGUUCUUCCAUUGACUAUAUUCCAGAAAUUGAUCAUCAGUGUUGUUAUUGCCAGUUUUUUCACUUUCCCUGUUGUCACUGUUAUCCCAGGUAUUCUUAGUAUUUUGAUUUUUGGUGGUAUUUUCUAUGGUUUUACCAUCUAUCAAUUAACUCCAGUAUUAAAGGAUAAUGCCGUCAACUGGUUGAUUAACUAUGUUACUAAAGACGAAGACAGGGUUUAUAUAUUAACUGUAUGGACAGCUAUAACAGCAGUUGUUAUUCCAAUUGCCUUUUGGUUUGCUCAUCAUUUCCCACUCAACACAAGAAGAAAAUUUUGGCAUGCACUUGUUGUUGUGGUUUUAUGUUUCACACCAAAGAUUUUAUUUGAUCAAGUGGAAUUCACAUUGAUUAGUUUAUUAGGAACCAUAAUUGUUUUUGUUAUUAUUGAAGCAUUAAGAUAUAAUAAAAUUUCAUUCUUGGGUGAGUUCUUACAUGAUACAUUACAAAAAUUCCAAGAUGCUAAAGAUAUUGAAGGUCCUUUGAAUUUGUCCUAUAUUUAUUUAUUGGCCGGAGCAACUAUUCCAAUUGUUUAUGAUUAUUUGACCAAUAAAGAAAAAGUAUCUAUUAUUAGAUAUAGUGGAUUGAUUGCUUUAGGAGUAGGUGAUUCCUUAGCUUCAAUAAUUGGAAAGAGAUUUGGUACCAUUAAAUGGAAAGGAGGUGAUAAGACAGUUCAAGGUACUGUUGCAUUUAUUAUCAGUGUUUUUGGAUGUUUCUUUGGUAUUAACUAUUUAUUGAAACAAAAGGAAAACUACAUUCCUGUUGGAAAUUGGGAGAAUCUUUUUGUUACUGUACUCUUAGCUGGAUUAUUGGAAGGUACCAGUGAUAUUAAUGAUAAUUAUCUCAUACCGAUUUUCAUGCCAAUUUCUUAUGAAAUUUUAAACAAAUUCUACAAUUAA